AAUAUAAAUGUCGUGGAUAUUAUAAAAAUUGUUUAAGGUAUUAUACAUAAUAAUAUAGUGUUUUCCAGGUCUGAUUUUUUUAGAAGAAUUGAUUUUUUCAUAAAAAAGAAUGAGCAAUGCAACUUGUUAUCGUCUGAUGUCUCUAACAAAUCUAUGAAUGUGAUUUAAAAAAAUAAAAAAUUAUGCCACUAAAAAAGAGUUAGCAUUGCAGCUUUCUACAAGUGGUGUUCCAAAAAAUAAUACUCGUAAAUUAAUAUUAUUAAAUUAAAUUAAAGUAUUGACAAUUGGAUUCAUGGUGCUUUAGUUUGAUUUUUCAAAAACAGAACAAAAGCAAAACAAAGCAACCAAAAAAGGUUUGAUAUUAUCUACCAAAACCGUGGUCUCCGGGGUCCACGGAAGCUGAGCCGUGCCACUUCUCCGACGGACUCCUUCUCUCUUCUUCCUCUCACACCUGCUCAGAUCAGCUGAUUUAGAGGGGGAGGGAAGUGUUCCUGAGGUUAAACUGUCGUUUUCUCGGCUUUGCUUCUCGGUCUCAUACUCUUCAGAUUAACGUCAUUCCGUGGUUUACUACUAUUACAGUAAAUUUUUCAACCCAAUUAAGCUUCUCGGUGGAUUUGAUCUAAAGUGCAGCUUUUGGUGGAUGGUAGUUUAAACAAGAUUGAGUUUGGCACUUAUUUUGUCAAAGUGGUUAUUACCUGUUUAUUCUUAUUGCCCGACGAAGAUUUUAAAGAAAGAGAAUUCAUAGGGUAAAUUGCUUGUUACUAGGUUUGUUGAGUGAUAACAAAAUUGUUAUGGCUGUUGCCGAGAGCGGCAGCAGCAUUGAACGCUCAACUUCAUUCAACUGUUACAAAGUAGCAAGUUUGACCGAAACCAUAUUGAACGCAAAGCAAACUUCUAAUUUGAAAGAUCGAUACAUUCUAGGGGAGCAGUUGGGUUGGGGACAGUUUGGUGUCAUUAGAACAUGCUCCGACAAAAUAACCGGAGAGGUUUUGGCAUGCAAAUCAAUUGCUAAAGAUAGGCUGGUUACUUCAGAUGAUAUGCAAAGUGUUAAACUUGAGAUUGAGAUCAUGGCAAAGUUAUCCGGGCAUCCUAAUGUUGUAGAUCUCAAGGCAGUUUAUGAAGAGGAAGAUUUUGUUCAUUUGGUGAUGGAGCUUUGUGCCGGAGGAGAGCUGUUUCACCUGUUAGAGAAGCACGGAAGGUUUUCUGAGUCUGAAGGAAGGGUUCUCUUUAGGCAUCUCAUGCAGAUGGUUUUGUAUUGUCACGAAAACGGGGUUGUUCACCGAGAUUUGAAGCCUGAAAACAUUCUCUUAGCAACUAAGUCGUUUUCAUCUCCAAUUAAAUUGGCUGACUUUGGUCUUGCUACCUACAUUAAGCCUGGGCAGAGUUUGCAUGGUUUAGUUGGGAGUCCAUUUUAUAUAGCUCCAGAGGUAUUGGCAGGUGCAUAUAACCAGGCUGCCGACAUUUGGAGUGCCGGGGUUAUUCUUUACAUUCUACUUAGUGGGAUGCCACCAUUUUGGGGAAAGACAAAGUCUCGAAUAUUUGAAGCCGUUAAGGCUGCUGAUUUGAGAUUUCCAUCUGAACCUUGGGAUCGCAUCUCUAAAUCUGCUAAGGAUUUAAUUAGGCGAAUGCUCUGCAGAGAAACUUCUCAAAGGCUCACUGCCCAAGAGGUUUUGGACCAUUGCUGGAUGGAAAGCGAUCCAACAAAUCUGGAACAACUAAGUGAACAUAAAAUCGAAAGUUGUGGAGAGUGGCAUGUUGAUGGCGGCUCCUUCUCUGCAUCAUUUAUGUCGAGGAAUGAUGACAUCAGCUUUGGCGCAGGAUCACCUACAUGUGACGCUCAAUCACCUACAUUCACAUGCAAAUCAUCGUUUUCUUCCAUUUUCGUGGAACCAGUUACACCUUUUUCUGCGCCUAGUGGGUUUUCAUUUCGGAGCACAGGCGGUUCCAUUGGUUUGGAAUUUUCUUCACCUGUUUCCUCGAUGCCAAGCUUUGCAUUUCUCAGUCCGAGUUCUGUUGUUGAGCAAAAUAGUCUUAUAUUUGAGUUCUCGUCUAACACGACUGAAGUAAAUGCAAUUGCUGGAGAUUCUCCACUUUCCCUUGGAAAUGACAUUAAAGAAAGGAAUCACAAGCCUGUAGAAACUAAAAGGGCAUGUGUAACAAAUUGUUACAGGACAUUGGGAUUCCACAGCAAGAGAAACCGGACAAUUGGACUCGGUGAGUGUGAGCAACUUGAUUUUGUUGUGACCGAAUCAGUCAUUCGUUGGUUAUCAUGCACACAACUUCCUACAUCACCAAAAUCAUCUCUUGUCUGUUGAAAGGAUAAAUUGGGUGGUGCAAAUUUUGCCUAUUUAACACAUUGUACAUCUUUCUUGAAUUUGCAUUGAUGUUGUUGUUGUCUUCUAGUUUGCACAAGUCGAGGUUUAAUGAUGGUGUGUUUCUAAUCAUGUUGUGCUUCUAAUUGGUUACUUUUAUUGUGUUUUGUCUUCUCAUGUUGAUGUUAAUUAUUACCAUGAGUGAGUUACGUGAAUUCCGCCUGCUGGUUUGUAAAGUUGUAUCUUGAUGGUAUUCCAGUGUUACCUUGGUGUAAUUGAAAUGCUUGGAAUUGAACUGUAAAUUAAUGUGUUAAUUUUUAUA